AUGACUUCAAGAUUUGUUAAACCGAUACAAGAAUUCAUUAAAUCACAAAAAGACUUCAAUAUAAUUUACAACACAUCACAUGAGUUUCUUACUCCAACAACUCAAAGAGUUUGUGUAUUAGAUUCAUCAUUUAAUCCACCACAUUUAGGUCAUUAUGCUUUAGUUGAAGAAUCAUUAAAGAAAUCAAUUGAUCAUAAAUCAAAAGUAGUCCUUUUAUUAUUAUCAAUUAAAAAUGCUGAUAAAGUUGCCCCUGAUCCAAUUUCUUUAAGUAAUCGAUUAGAAAUGAUGUAUAUUAUGGCUAAUGAUAUUUCUAAUCGAUAUACUGUAAAUGUAUCAAUUGGUUUAACAAAACAUGCUAAAUUUGUUGAUAAAUCAAUUUCAAUAUUAAAUUAUAUUGAUAAUAGAAAAGAUGUUAAAUUAACAUUUUUAAUUGGAUUUGAUACUUUAAUUCGGAUAUUAAAUCCAAAAUAUUAUUUACCUGAUAAAUUAUCAACUUCUUUAGAACAAUUUAUGAAAUCAACUGAUUUAUUUUGUUUAACAAGAACAAAUAAAGAAAUUACCAAUGAUCAACAAUCAAGAUAUUUAGAAGAAAUUAAAAAGGGUAGACAUGAGGAUAUUCCAUCUCAUUGGACUGAUAAUAUUUAUAUGGUUGAAAAUUUUGGUGAUGAUGUUGCUAAUUAUAGUUCUUCAGAUAUUAGAUUAAAAAUUGCAUCAAAUGAUGAAAAUUGGAAACCAAAAGUUGUAUCAGAAAUUCGAGAUUUUAUUAUAAAUCAAAAGUUAUAUAAAAAAGAUUAA